AUGGACAAUUUUAACGAGCUCGACCAAUAUCAUAUUAGUAGUACUUGUGAGACAGAUGCGCAUGAUGUCCUAAUUAUUCUUGUCAAGUGGGACAAGUUUAGCUAUUUGUUUCUUAGGAAGCUUAGAAAAUGCCUUCCUGAUGUGCCUAUUGUUGCAGCAACUGAUUUGGAUAUCCGUGAUCUUGAGCCCUUGAUCUUUCUGGAUACACCACCUAAGGAGGUACCACGGCUGUAUGGUGGUUGGGAUUUGUCCAAAGAUUGCGAGUCAGUAGGUGUCAGCGAUGUUGAUUUUGUUAAUAUCAAGUGGAUGGGAUUAAGGCCUUCUGACUUUCUGAAUAGAUCUCCUUUUUUCAAAUGUUUGGAUUUCAUAAAUGCAUAUCUUGUGUCUUUACAAGGUUCUGCAAUGCUGACAAAGAUUGGGCUGUUUGCUAACAAUUUGACUGGAGAAAUCCCUUCAGAGUUAGCAAAUCAGACUCUUUUGCAGGAAUUUGAUAUAUCAGCUAAUCAUUUCUCUGGGAAGUUGCCUCCAGACUCCAGAAAUUGCAAAUCUGAAGAACCUGACAGUUUUUCAGCCGAACAACUUUCAGGGAAAAUUCCAGCAAAUUCUGGGAGAUUCUCUCCAUUAGUUAGUAUAGAAAUUUCUGAAAACAAUUUUACUGGUUCCUUUCCUAGAGUCAAUCACAACCGUUUGUCAGGGCAACUUCCCGAGGGUAUAUGGGCAAUGCCUAAUGUAGAUAUAGUGGAUUUCAGUAAUAAUGAAUGA